AUGCUUCGCAGCCUGUUGCGACGGAGCAUCGAUGUCAGCAUCACGGCGCAGGGGGUUGCAACCCUGACGAUGAGCAGAGCCCCAGUCAAUGCGUUCAACAAAGCGCUGCUUCAGACCCUCCGCUCUAGUCUGCAAGACGUACAGCACGAGGCAAAAGCCGUUGUUCUGACCAGCAAUCUGAAAUGCUUCUGUGGUGGACUGGACCUCACCACCUUCACGCAACCGCGCUCAGAGUUGAUCAGCUUUUGGACCGAGAUGGAGGAGACCUGGAAGUCUCUUUAUCUGUAUCCUUUGCCCACAGUUGCGGCCAUCAAUGGCUCCAGCCCAGCUUGGGGUUGUGUGAUGGCGCUCAGCUGCGAUCACCGCGUGAUGAUCUCCAACCCUCGCGCGAUCAUCGGCUUAAACGAAGCUGCGAUAGGAGCGAUGUGUGAGCGGCCCCUGCUGCGCAUCAUGCCUGAAGCCUCGCUGCCCGAGUCUGGCGACGAGGUGGAGAUCACUCUAUCCAACGGUCAGCCUCCAGUGAUGACGAAAAUCUAUGCCGUGGACAGCAUCUCGGAGCCUCCCAGGGCGCGGGUGAUGCGUAUGGACACCGGUGAAGAGGUACUGGUGGACAUCGUGCGGGCUGCCCCAGACGUCAGCCCCCAGCAGCCAGUCUCAUGGGUCAUGGACGAAGUCGGAAAAGCGGUGGUGGAAGUACGCGAGAAAGGCCCUGGUGUCUUGAAGGACGGUGUUCUGGACACAGUCGACAUUGUGAAGGAAGGUGCCACCGUGGCCUUCUCAGGCGCUCAGCGAUGCAUCGCGACACUACGAGGCGAUUCCCUUUCAGCUGAGCCGCUCGCGCCCUGCAAUCCUUCCCUGGAGCAGAUGUAUGGGGACCAGAAUGAGCAGAGUCCUACGAAGCUGCCCAGCCUUGCCACGCCCUCGAAGCCUCCCGUGGAGCCCACGCCGAUACUCCUGUCGCCCAGAGAGGAUGGGGCGGCUGGCAAAAAUCGGGUGCCAGGCCAACCGGAUGUGGACGAUUGGUACAACGAGACCGAGGAGGUCAUAGAUUGA